AUGGAUGGUUUUUACUCCUCUGCAGAAGGAGAUGGGCAGGAUGUGAUCAAUGACACCAGCAGUAGGAAGAGCUGGGCAGAGGAAGGCAACUCCGAGUUGUCCUCCCGUGUGGCGACAGCUGCCUUCCUUUUCCUUCUCAUCCUCUCCACGCUCCUGGGCAACACCCUGGUGUGUGUGGCUGUGGUCAAGUUCAGACACUUGCGCUCGAAGGUCACCAAUUUCUUCGUUAUCUCCUUGGCAGUGUCUGACCUCUUUGUGGCUGUACUCGUGAUGCCCUGGAAGGCUGCCACCGAGGUGGCGGGGUUCUGGCCCUUUGGGGCUUUCUGUGAUGUUUGGGUGGCUUUUGAUAUCAUGUGCUCCACAGCCUCUAUCCUCAAUUUGUGCAUCAUCAGCGUGGACCGUUACUGGGCUAUUUCCAACCCCUUCCGCUAUGAGAGGAAGAUGACACAGCGUGUGGCUUUCAUCAUGAUCGGAGUGGCUUGGCUACUGUCCCUUUUGAUUUCCUUCAUCCCUGUGCAGCUGAAGUGGCACAAGGAUCAUGAGCUCCUUAGCCAACAGGAGCCAGGUUUUAACGUCACCGGGGGGGAGAACUGUGAUUCCAGCCUCAACAGGACUUACGCCAUCUCAUCUUCUCUCAUUAGCUUCUACAUCCCUGUUGCCAUCAUGAUUGUGACGUACACCUGCAUCUUCCGCAUUGCCCAGCAGCAGAUCCGUAGGAUCUCCUCUCUGGAGAGGGCGGUGGAACAUGCCCAAAACUGCCACAGCAGCGACUGCCCUCACGAGGCCUCCCUGAAGAACUCCUUCAAGAAGGAGACCAAGGUCCUCAAGACCCUCUCCAUCAUCAUGGGCAUCUUUGUCUUCUGCUGGCUGCCCUUCUUCGUGCUGAACUGCAUGGUGCCCUUCUGUAAUCUUGACCUACACGAGCCAGGAGAGCUACCUUGUGUCAGCGAGACUGUCUUCAAUGUCUUCGUCUGGUUCGGGUGGGCCAACUCUUCCCUCAAUCCUAUCAUCUAUGCCUUCAAUGCAGACUUCUGGAGAGCUUUUGCAGCCAUCUUGGGCUGUGGCUGCCUUUGUCCCAGCAAUGCAGUGGAGACCGUGAACUUCAGCAAUGAGCUGGUCUCCUACCACCAUGACACCACGUACCAGAAGGAAGUGGUGACCCUCAGCUACCCCCAGCUUCUGCCCCAUGCUGCUCUGCAGAUGGAAAACGAGGCAUCCUUUGACAAGGUUUCUCAGGUCUCCGAGCCCUCUCACAACACCUGCCCUGCAGAUGCCUUGCCUGCAGUGAUGCACGUGGAGUGUGAAAUGUCUGUCUCGCUGGAGAAGAUUACACCUUUCACCAGCAAUGCCUUCGCUUGA